GGUGUUUGGUGGUUUAUGAUUGUUACUCAAGUUUAUUUGAGUAAACAAGUUUUAGAUGGGGUUUAUGAGGGAUUAAAGAUUAAUUUGAGGCGUACGAAAGCGAUGAAAUCGCGGAGAAUAAUUUAUUAUUACCAAGAAAAAUUAAACGAUUACUUUUCGACGUCAACUUUAAUUUAUUUUUUAUAUGGAGCUGGAUGGACGAUUUUAAAUCUUUGUAUAAUCGCUGAAAUGAUUCGGAGUAAUUCAUUUCGAUUCGAAAUCGGCGAAAUUAUCGGAUACUUUCAAAUUUCGUUGGGAAUCGCAGUCUUUGAGUCAUUAAAAGAAGUCGAUGCGGACUUUAAUUACUACUUGUACGGUUUAAAUAUCGCCAAUUUAUCGAAAUUUGAACGCGAGAAGAUCGAACAAUUAAUGUUGGAGGUCGACAACGAAAACAUUCAAAUGAAAUACAUGAAUCGGAAUGAAAUUUCAAGAAAACUCACGAAUAACAUGUUGCAAUAUGGGAUCACUUAUUCCAUCGUUUACCUCCAAAUGUUGUACAUCCAACAAUAAACAAGGUUA